CAACAAAAAUGAACAAUCCGGCUUAAAGAUCAUAAGCCCAAAUCGGGAAUACAACUCAAUACAAAUGAAACGACCUAAAGAAAAACAGUAGAACAGAAUCCUCUCUCCGUCUCAGUUGAUUUGAUUUUCAGACUGAAAGCAUAAAUCAGAACUUGCUGCAGAAUUUUGCUGGUAGAGAUGUCUGGGAUUUCAGGAUAUAGGAGCCUUGCACCUAAAACGAAGAAUGCUAUAGUUGCUGGGGGGCUGUCAGCUUUUGUCUUUGGAGUAUACUUCUACACCAUGAGAGCUGUUGGAGGCACAGAUGAAUUGCAAGUGGCUAUAAAUAAGUUUGAGGAGGAAAAAGGUCAGAAGGAGGCUGAAGCAAGCAUGCCAUCAAAGGCUUGAUCUUAUAAAUCAGUUGUGGAAUAAUGUAGUAGCCAAGGACAAGGUACCCCCUACUUUGAAAGACAUCGUCAUAGCCCGUUAUUUUUUAUUUUUCCAUAUGAAUAUGCAAUAUUUUUCUCCUUGAUAGUACAUUUUAUAAGUGUAGCAUGUUCCCAAACCCUUGUUUCUGAUAACCUCAUCCACCAUUUCAUGUUAUUGAAGGAACCAGGAAAAGAGUUGUUAUAAAUACUUAUUUUUUGUUUGGUGUAAUAAAUAAUUAGUUUGAUGUGUUCA